GUUUCCCACGUUGCGCAUCAUCUACGAGAAUUUUGAUUCAGUGUUCACAGAAAGAACGUUCUUGUAAAGGUCGUUACAUGAGAGUCACUGUAUCAGUAAGGUAAGGUGUAUUUGUACAGUGUAUAGAGAGGGAGUGGAUGUUGUAGAUCUUUAUGACAUGCAGCUGAGUACAUGAGCGUAAUCUUUUGUAAAUGAAUUCAACAACUUGCUAAUAAAAGAACGCUAACAGGACGUUCUGAGUUAGGAUCGCUACGCAGAGGCUUUGGGCUUUAGAGUGGUUUUAAUUUGGUAAUUCUGUGAUUAAGUCUUUUACAAUAGGAUUUUGAAAGAGACGAACUGACCCGAAGCAUCAAAGAACAUUUUUCAUUAAAUACAUGCAGCUUGUCGCACGCACCAAAGAAGAAGUGCGAGUCAGUUUUAAUCGGAUUUCCGUUCGUUCGACAAUUUCCUUGUCUGCUCUGCCUAGUUUUGCUGAGGAUCUAUUACAUAUCUCUAGAUAGGACUAUCACAACCUUUUGGAAUUCCCAAUACUCGCGAAGUUGUCAUACCAUAGCGUCUUCAUCGUUUGCGUUUUUUAGCUAAAGCGAAGUUCUCAGCAUGCUAUCAGAUUAUUGUUUGCGCCCGAAAUACAUCAAAAGCUUUCGUUAUAAAAUUGGAUAAUUCUCAGUUGCUCACAUUCUUCCCGGAAAAGACUUUUGUUGACUUAUAUUAUCAUUUAUUAAACAGAAAGAGAUAACAUUUCCAAUGACAUGAGAGAUUUCUUCCAAAAAUUGGUUUUGAAUGAUAGAGCGGGUAAAGGACGCGCUGCUGGGGUCGGGUUUCGUCCUACAAUAAUGUGGCAGUCGGCCAAAACGUAUCAACUGUGACCUUUGCUGUCUGAACUUACAGAGAAAUCAACAGUGGAAGAAGAGGUCUCGCCAACCGAUUAAUUCGUGCCAAAAAUUGAUUUAAGGGGGCCAGGCAUUGUUGUUUAAGUACAGUUGCACUUGGCCUCAUGUUACCGUGUUGACGCCCAUCACCUUCACUUUGUCAAAGUAUGUCUGUUGGUUGUUCAGGCCAGAAAAAGAAGAAGAAGAUAUCGCUUAUGGGUGCAUUCCCUUGCUAAUUGGUUUCCUUACUCAAGCACUUCUCAAUCACCUGCCAUUGAAAUAUAGCGAGAAUGUGAAAUAUUUCACUCUUAAAAAAUUUGCUGCACAAGCAGUUCAGACAGUUGAUUCGCAGUUUUUACAUUUUCUAAAAAGUGGGUAGGUUAGGGGAAUUGGAAACAAAGCAGUUUAUGGGAUGGCCUCAGUCUACAAGAAAGCCAAAAAUUUUUUCUCUAAAUCCAGUUUAUAUGCCUUGGACUAUUGUUAAUAGGAACAAAGGAAAUUAAUUUCUCGCUCAUACUACUAUUUGUCAUUAAAAGGAUACAAAUGUUGCAGACGGAUAUGUACUCAAGAAUACUCUUUCUUAAAGUUUUACAGUCAGUGGAAGCUUUUUUUGUUUGAGAGAGUAAUUAAACUCUCUAUUGACAGCAUUCCAAUGUCCACAUUGUCAAUGUCAUGUUGACAAUGUAUUAAAAAAAUUUGUUCCAAAAUAUUUGGGGCUUCCAUUAGUGUCAAUCAAAGACAGACUGUCUUUAAGCUAAAAGAUGAAUAUAUAUUUCCUCUGAGGGUUAUUGUGUCCCCUUGAUUUCAAUAUUGAGAUACUAGUAAAGGCAACAUUAAAUAGGGUGUGGCACCCUCUUGCCUUGUCAUGGUCAUGGCAUUAAGUAGAAACACAGGGAAUUGUAUUUCAAUUGACUUCAGUUUGCUGUCACCAUGAAAAUGCAGCUGAAUUAAAGUUAAGGUCUGAGUAUGACAUUCUCUACAUGUAGUAGAAGUGCCUGGUUUGGAAAUCUGAUGGACUCAUUGGUCAUGUGUUUUGGUGGGUAUUUCCCAAAAUUUGACUUGACUUUACAGAAUGUUCAGUAGUGUUCCAAUCAUUUAGAACUAACAGACAAAAAUUUUUAGUAUCUUAUUCUCUGGUUAUAAUGUCUUGUUCAUAGUCAGGAGCUUCUAACCUAAACUGAAUUUGAAUUCAAUUAUGCAUUUAAUUUUUCUAACUUUUUGUAAGGUUAUUCUAUAGUUAGGUAGGAAGUAUUAAUUUGAUGUGCACUUUACUCAAUUUUUUUUUUCAUUUUGAGAAAGUUUAUUUUGUUAGAUAUUAAAUGUUCCUUUAUUUAAAAGAACAAUGGAGUCUUCCCUAGAAGAUUGUGUAAGGCAGAAUAGAUCAUGAGUAAUUGCUAAUGAGAGAUUCUAUUUUAGGUGCAGGAUUGAAGGCUAUAAUCGUUGACAUUAUAAUCCAUCUCAAAUUUUUCCCAGCAAUGAUUUUCCCUUGUUUUCAAACCUUACAUUCAAUCUGAUGAAACUCUUCCUCAUAAAUGAGGUAUUUCAUGCAUUGUGAAAGAUAUUCAAGGGAUGCUAAACACAAUACUCCAAAUUGUUUGAAUGUAUGUAUUUGUAUGUAUCUUAGGACGUAGAAUGGUUUAUCGGUUUAAUUCUUUUUGCAGGGUGGAGUAACUAAGAAUUAAAAAAUACAUCAACCUUACAAUUGCAUUUUAAAAUGAAGCUAAAUAUUAAAUGUGAAAGUAAAUGCAAAAAAAGUGCACAACAUUUAAGGACAGACAGUCAAGUGAAAGCUUAGAUGCCAGUGUUUUCCUCCAUGGUCCCAGUCCUCAAAAUUCAUGUGACUCGCUAAUUUAGAGGUUUCUUUAUUUCCUUAUUUUGAAAAAUUCAAGCAGACUGGCUCGUUCUACAUUCAUACAAUCAUUAAUUACUGGUCAAAUAUUUAUUGUAAUGUAUUCAAUAUUUAAUUGUUUCUCUGUGCAUCAUAAUUUUCUCAAUGUUAGUUAUUUAAGUUUUCUUUUCAACAUUCCACCUGGGAAACUUAUGAUCAAAUAAGCAAAGUGAAAAUUUUUUUUUUCAUUAAGUAUGAAGGCAGCAAGCCGUACAUGGGGGAAAUUUGUUGAAAAAAGGAUACAGGAUUGUAACUUUCCUUAAAUAGAUGGUCAUAUCCCAGUCCUUCAGUUAUCCUUAGUGGUUCAAUUUGAUUGUACAUAAAUUGAAUACCAGCCAUCUAUUUAACUUUCCUUAAAUAGAUGGUUAUAUCCCAGUCUAAUUCAUUUAUCCCUAGUGGUUCAUUUUGAUUGUACACAAAGUGAACCACCCUGGGACAAAAUGCAUGCUUAAUAAUUUGUAAUUUUUGUUUCCCAACAAUGGAAGCUGCAGGUUAUCAUGGCUUUUCAUUUCUUAUUGUUUUUUUCUUGCUGUUUCUCUAUUUUAGUAUAUUUCUAACUAAUGUACAUUGCUGGCACCCUUUAUUACCAGGUUCAUGUAAUGUAAGCUGUUUUUUUUAAUCAGGUUAUGAUGUCAGAUCACUCUUUCAGUUUGAGGAAGUGACCUAUCAUAUACAGAACUGCAGAAUAUUGUUUGUGCCAAGUAACUUAUUAAAAUGAUAAUUACACACAUGGACCAUUAUUUGUGGGAAGGUAUUUGUAACACAGGUGGUGGGCUUUCAAUCAGUGUACAGUCGAUGAUCAUAAUAUUUUUAUUGUACUACUUGUUGGAUUGACACUAAUAAUUAUUACAAUCUUUUUAUUUUUAGACUUUUGUGAAAAUGGAGGCUAGAUUGCUGCUUAUUGGAAGCUUUUUAGUGGCACUGACCCCAUUGAUGUCUCUGUCGUGUCUUCCAUGCAAACGGGUACAGUGUUCUCCUCCUACCAAUUGCAAGGGAGGUGUGGUAAAUUCUAGAGGUGGCUGUUGUAGUGUUUGUGCAAAGGUUGAAGGGGAAUUAUGUGGUGGGCAGUUGGAGAGGAUGGGACGUUGUGAUGCUGGUCUGAAAUGUGUGGUGCGGGGUGGACAUCAUGGGGCAGGAGUAGGCACAUGUAAACCUGGUAAGUUUAUCCACACUGUUAAUUAUUAAUGUGGCCUUCUUGUUGUAUGACUAUGUGAUUUGGAUCAAAGAAGGAUAUCCUUCAUUGACUAGUUGAUAAAUUUUCCUUUGCAGUUUAAUCUCAGAAACCCAGGCACAGGUCUGAAGAUCAGAUCAAGAGAAUCAGUUAGAUUAACUAUUUUAUUACUUUAUUUACUUUCUAUUAUGUAGCUGUUUGUAAAGGAAAGAAGUGUGGCUUUCGCGAGAUUUGUACCUUAGGGAAUGAUGGCUUUCCUAUGUGCAGCUGUUCUCAAAGUUGUGCUGGUUUCAAGCAUGAGCCAGUGUGUGGAUUUUGCAAUGGAAAACAAUACAGCAAUGAAUGUGAACUGCUCAAAGAUGAGUGCCUUUCUGGGAAUGUGAUAGGAAUCAUGAGAGGAAUCUGUAAAAGUAAGAUCAGUAGACUUGCUGUUUCAUAAUUCUUUCUGACUUCUUCAGAAUAAGAUUGAGAUUAUUUUUCACAAAUCUCAAACUUUGAUUUGAUACUCUUCUCUUGUGUAUGUUUAUUUUGAAGUCAAAGUAGACUGACCUGAGGAGAUAUAUUUAAACAUCCCAAUUAGAAGAAUAUUGAAUGAGGAGUUGCCUUCUGAGCAUCUCUGAAAGAAAUUUACUUGUGCAAGUUGAGUUGUUUUUGCAGCCACUAAUGUAGUUGAUUUUGGGGAUAUCAUUGAAAAACUCUAUCAUGACCAUAAGUUUACUAGUUAGUAAAUUGAAAAAUUCUACUUUCAAUUAUUUAUCAACAAAAAUUAUGUUUUAAAUGUUUUCAUGUAAUUCAAGCUUUUCUCUCUGCUAUUUCAUUGCUACACUUACACCCUAUAAAAGCAAGUUUGUUUCCAGUUUUGUAUUUCACUCAUUUAUAGCGUGGUAGAUGCAAGACUUUCAGUUUCUUUAUUUAGGUGUCCAAAUUUGUGUCAAUGAAGGAUAUCUGUUGUUUUCUUACUUCUUUAUUUCCUUAUUUUGGGCUGAAACAAGUUAAUUAAGUGUCUUCAUUUGAAAACAUAAAGGGAGAAACAGCUUGAUGUCUAAUGCCUGGUUGAAUUUUUGAGAUAGACUUGCUGAUUGACAAGACACCAACCAAAACCACUCACUUUCUGUGGCUACUGCCUCCCAUUUAAUAUGAGGCAAAGCCACUUUGUUAUGUGGAUGUAAGAGGCUAAGAGGCUAAGAGUGAGUCAGAGCAACAAUAUAAUGCAUAACUUCAUUUUUUCAGAGUAUCUUUGUAGUGUGACAUCUGCAUUAAAGAUUAUUGGGUGCAGCAUACACUGAAGAGAGAAAAAUGUGUUUUAACAACUUUUUUUUUGCGCAUAACUACACCCAAGAUAUGAUUUUCUCAGUGGUUGCCGUAAGGCUACAUUCAAAAUCACUUCAUAGUGGCCUCUUGCCUGCAUGAUAAAAGAAACAAACAAAUUGAAACUUUUCCAUGCAGGAGAAACAAAUAAAUGUGAUCAGCAUAUCAUACAAACUUUAAUAAAAACAUGCCAUUGAAAACAGAGAACUUUACCAUUUAGAUUAGCUGGCUGUUUUCAACAGAACUGAAGAAAUUAUUAUUGGUGCUUGCCUUGACAUUAAGAAGACAGUAAUUGCUUCACAAAGGCCCUUCAUGGACAAAACUUUUUGUAGCAGAAAGAUAUAUGAGGUGUGAUCGCAGCGUGAAGGAAACUUUGAGAAAAUUUAUUUUGUUUUGCUGGAAUGGUGGCAUAUCCUAAAACACAGAAUCACAGAAUAUCCCAAAACACUGAGUGACAGAAUAAUCUAAAUUGUGAAAUGCCUUGUUGCAUGAAACAAAAGUCUAAUGAAAAAUGGAAUUGUAAUGAGAUUAGUAGAUUAUUUAUAUCUAGCAGGCAAAGUUAAAAGAAUCAAGUAUGAUGCUGCAGGCUUCUCUGAUUUGCAUGUGCCUUCAAAUUGUCUGCAACACUUCCUUCUAGCAUCAUUAUAAUUAACCUCUAUUUCUGUUUUAUGCUAUAAAAAUAGUGCUAAAUUGGUAGCCACCUGCAGUCUCAGACUGCUCAUUUUUUGUUUGAGGUCAUGUAACAUUGGGUGUGUCUGGGUAACAUCAACAGCAUGCACUUUCUACAACUGUCCAAAGUUAGUCCAAUAACAGCAAAAUAAGGGGAUUUGCAUUUGACUAAAUUUCACCUAAUGGUGGUCUGAAAAGAUAGUGGUGAGGACCCCUAUACCCUUUAUUUUUCCCGUGUAUAUGCAAAUCAUAGGAACAAGUUUUGUGGGGAUUUUGGUAAUUACAAUUUUUUUUUCUAGUUUUUACAUUUAGCCUCUCUUUUUGUAUUCAUUUACCACAAAGCCCUUACAGCACUGUACCCACAUGUAUGCAUCGCAUAUCUGUUUUUGUUAUUACCACAUUAUGCAUUGCAGUGCAUUGUAUGCAUUGCAUACCUAUUUUUGUCAGUACCACAUUUUGAAGUCAUCUAUAAUCUAUUACUGAACAGAUGGUAACAUGGAAUCUAUUUGGUAAACUAACAAUACUUACUGAAGAAUUUUGCAAUGACAGAGUGUUAUCAUGGUACUAAGACAUACUUAUUUGGUGAGACCAGGACAGGAAAAGACACUUGUGAAUCAUGGUUAGUACAGAUUCUUGCCAUUUGUAAUGCAUAUUUUUAUAAGAAAUGCAAACAUGUUCAUAUGUAGGCCUGAUAGACUUCCAUAAUUUAAGGAUCUGUUUCCCUCUGGAGCUGUGAAAACAACAUGUACGUUGCAAGUCUCUAAAAAGCAUAUUUUACGAAGGGAAUAUGGACACAUUUACCUAGAAUGUGAAUUUUAAUUUUGGGCUUAAACUUAAAAUAAAAGAGAUAUGAGAUGACAAUUAAGCUAUGAUUUUUGAUGAAAUGUGAGUUUCUUAUUUUGACUCAAAACAUAAGGAAAAAGUGUUAUUGUAGAAUCUUUGUUCAAUUUGUCCAGGAAGUGCCUCUCUUAAGUAUGUAAUUGCAUCCUAAAAAAAGUCCAUUAUAGACUUGUAUACUUGUACUUGGUUGAAAAAAAAAGUACAAAUUCAAAACUAAAUUUUUCCUUGUUAUGUGACAGCACCUGUUCUCAUGGAGAAUGGAAAUGCCAUUAUUCAACUCAGUGUCAAAAGCAAAAGUCAAGAAGCUGCCAAAUAGCUGUGUUAGGAAAGAAAAGUCAGUCAGAUUGUCCUAGAGGCUUUUUUUGCAAAGUUCAGAUUCCAGGAAUUCCAGAGGCCAAUAUUCCAGAUGUAGCAGUGUGUGUACCGGAUGAUUCCUCAAGUAUGUUGACAUAUGAGUAGGAGUGUAGGUCACAAUUGACCCGUAGUCACAUUUUCCCAGCAAGUUGCUCAAAUUUCUCUCGAGUGUAAUCAGGUCUCUCAAAUGUGGUCAUGUCACUCUAUAUAAGAUAAGCCAAACUCAUUGAUCACCUACUGACAUUUUCUAAGUUACAUAUUGACAAUAUGGUUACUGGUCAAGUUCAUUAACUUUUCCAGACUAAAUGGCUCCCAAAGGAGCUCUGUGUUAAUAUGUUUCCUGUCCUCCCUGAUCCAUGUGUGUAGUAUUCCCAACCCUUGUGAACUGAAUUCCCAGUUUUCUGGGAAUUCCUAGGAAUUCUCAAAAAUUCCCAACUUUGCAAAUUAGCUCUGAUUUAAAAAGCUGAGAACUUGGAAUUCCCAGGAAUUCUCAGCUAUACAAACUACCGGUACCUAUAAUUUAAGAAGGGUGGAAUUCUUGGGAAUUUCUGGGAAUUGAAUUUGAGGCAAUUUAAAUACCCUGAGGUCCACAUAAAUUCUAAGAAAUUCUCAAUACCUUGAAUGUGAAGGUUUUUAAGAAAAGGAGUAAUUUCAGAGGCUUAAAACUUUGGCUCAAUAAAAGGUAUGCUAUACAAAACUUACCAAGAGAUAUACAUACAUGUUUAUUUUUAUAACUUAAAGAUCAUGAAAUUUAUUAUUCAAACUAAGUUUUAGUAAAUCUCUACAUUAAUAUGGAUUUUCUAAUGAACCAGCAGUCAAUUAUGUUAAAUGGAAAUUACCAAUCAAUCCAAUGUACUCAUAUCACAGAUUUGCUUUCUAACCUCAAAGGACUCUUGGAUUCCAUGAUCAUAAAAUAUUUUUGUUGUGAUGCAAAUUAAUGUCUCAUGUUCACUGAUGUGCCAAAUUCAUCAAACAUUCAUUAGCUGUUACUUGGUACACAACUUCUGCAAUAAUUAACAAUAAUUUCAUUGUUAUCUACACUUGAAGAACUUUGUUAGCUAUGAACAUAAGUUCCUACUUCCCUAACCUAUAUUACUGGUUGCCUUUGUUAGAAAACCUUGGAACAGUCAAGCUCAGUUGCCUCAAACACUGUCAGAGACUUUUUGUUGACAUUAUUUUUAGUAGAAAUUUCAUGCCUUAGACAAACAAAUUCAACACCUAAUUAAUCUUUCUUUUUUCAUGAUUGUUGUUGCUGUAUCUUUUUUUUUGUGACUAAUUGCUGUAAUUUGUUUUGCUGUUUUUAUUCUUACAAAACAUUUUUGUAAGAGUUCCAAUACUUGUGGAUCAUCCACACACUUUGCGAACAUUUGGCAUGCAGACAAGACAGAGGUAGUCAAUGUUCCCAUUGAGAAAAAACACCUUUUAAAUGACGUCUUCAAUUUACUUUAUUUGAAACUCUGAUCUGAAAAUAUUUGUCAACAAGACUUGUUAGUAGUGAGAAGUACAAACCAAGUUUCCUUUCAUAACUUAAUUUCUUAAAUGUCCCAAUCACUGGAUCUCUCAAAAAAUAUUACAUCUUUUUAUUUUUUGUGCAAAAUACAAGUUCUUCUUUAUAUUCAAAUGAAAAGUGCAAGUCACACUUCAGUAAUAGCAGCUCUAAAGUUUACUUGUUGUUCUUCUCUGUCUGUCAGCUAUCAACAAAAUUGUUUUAUACUUCGGACAGUGCGUAACUAUUUGUGGACCAGAGUUCCAAUGCACCUCUGUAAUUGCAUAUAGUUACUUCUGUCUCUUGUACAAAUGUUUCUCCUUUGUAAGACACACUCUACUCUGUUGUCACCACUGCUUUAAAUUCAGUGGAAACGACUGACUGAGGAAUCGAGAUGGUGGUGUUUGAACAUGUUGCUGAAUGCUUGCUAUGGUCAAGCUUUGUAGAUUUAGGUACUGGUACACUGGGGUCGUCUAUGUAUCUCUUAUACUUCCUAAUGUGGUAUCCUUCUUUUAUAAAUAUGAGGGUAAAAGACGAUUUGUAGUCGCAUUCAAAACUGUGAUUGGCUUGUGUUAUUCCUCACCUUUGCCAUGAACACAACUCCAGUGAGUUUUGAGUUUUUGUUUCCUCUACAACUUUCAGCCACAAAUCAUGCAUUUGUAGUACAAUCAAUUCUUAUUGAUUAUUUCUACAUAGAGUGAGCUCACAUCAUUAUUUAUGUCACCAAGGUAUCCAUCGUCUAGAAGGAGAGAACUGGUUAGAGAAGUCAGAAUAAAGUUGUGCGCUUCUCUUAACACUGCAAUCGGCAAGCCAGCGGAUUCACUUUGCUAGCCAAUGACAAUUCCUAAAAGAUCCACGUGAUCAUGCCCGUGAUCGGGAACAAAGGAGACUCCAUUUGGCGCUCAUCUUUGAAUGUACUUUUCAUCGGUUGAUUGCUCAUGCGUUAAGUUAUUUCUUUUCUCAACUGUUUUGCUUAAUAUAACAUUUAUAAAGAUAGCUUUUAUUGUGGUUCAAUGGGAAAAUGAGAACAGCAUGAGUGUUGUAAAAUAAAAGAAAGUCGUUGGCGCUGUGGAGUUAAAAGAAGAGACAACAGUUGACAUAUCGACCGGUACAAACAAGGGUUGAGUGGCCAUCUGUAAAGCUACAAUUUUGAAAGUUUGUGGUGAGUAAAAAUUGCGAUAUUCAUUACGUGAUCAAAAUCUUAUAAAAGAAUAGAUGUAACAGGUUGAAUUAAGCUUACAUAAUGCUCGGCGCAACUGAAACUAGAAUAAUUCUGAGAAUCGAAUCAGUCACUUGCAUGCUGCAGUUUCUUAAGCUUAUGCUUUACAAUGAAAUAAAUCUAUCAGUAAGGUUUCAAGAUUCCUUUAGUCACGUUUGGGAACAUUCAAGACUCAUAAUAGGAACUGUUAUUAAACAAACCUUAUUACAUAAAGUAGCCCUCCUGUGUAAAAACAAAGUAAUGUAUUCAGCCCUUUUUUAGUAAAAUCUAUGGGAGAGAUGUACUAACUCCAAUAUAAAAGUCACUCAAUAUAACAGAGAUUUCUCAAUUUGAGAACCCAAUGAAUGCCCUUUUCCUUAUAGCCAUUUUAAAGGCCUGGUCUGGGCUUUAAAUAUAUAUAUUUACAUAUAUUAUUUUUUUUCAAAUUCAGAUGUCAUGGAAUCCAGAUACAAAAUGGUCAAACUUUUUGUAGACAACCUCAUUCAAGGCCAACUCAUUGUGAGCCCAGGGAAAAAAUACGAACAGCGGCUAAGUUUGCAGUUUAGGAUAACUUCAUUCUAAUUUAUUGUUACAGUUACAACAAGAUUUUAAUUAAAAAAUCAAUUUUAUUUAUCUGUAAUUGACCCCUUCGCUCCCAAGAGUGCUUGGUUUUUAAAUAUAAUUUAAGAUAUUGUAUUUUAUGGAAAAGAAUCAACAGAUUUUAUUCACAAUUUGUGUCAAACCAAAUUUAAUAAUUGAUUGGGACUAUUUUAUAUGAAAAGCUGUAAUUGAGGAUUAAUCCGUAUGAAGUUUUCAAGGAAAGAAAAAUAAAUCAAAUUCCAUCCUAAUAUUACCACAUGUUGAUGUUAAUAAUUAAUAAAAAAUGUUUAACAUGUAAGCCUUAAUUAAGCUUGGAAUUAAAUUUCAUUGAAUACUUGAAUUUUAGUCGGGUUUUUUUAAUUUAAAGCAUUUAUUUUAUUAGCCUCAAAUUUUUGCUUAAAAUUUCCAGUAAUUCUUAAACAUUCCUAAAAAUUCCUGAAAAUUCCCAGAAAUUCAUAGGAAUUUUUAGAUUUACAGCUUUUCAGGGAAAGUCAUUGGUUCUCUGAAUUGGAAUUCCUAGGAAUUCCUAGGAAUUCCAAGUCCUGUUGGCUAUAAUCUUGGAAUUUCUGGGAAUUUCUAGGAAUUUCUAGGAACUUCUAGGUUUUUAGAGCCAGAGUUGUUAUGGUUGGGAAUUCCUAGGAAUUCCUAGGAAUUCCCAGUCCAAAUUUACCGUGAAAAUUCUCACCUUUAUUCCUAGAAAUUCCUAGGAAUUCCAAAAUCUAUUUCGCAAGGGUGUAGAUAUUUUAUCACUUGAAGGUGGAGCAGGUUGUUUCUUAUUGUUAUUAUCAUUGAAAAUUUUUACCCUCAAAGAUAAAUUAUUGCUGUUUGAUGUUACGCAAGGUCUUUUUUGUUUUGAUAAGAAAAUUGUGGAAUUUAAAGUGUUCUGAUAUUUGAGGUUGAUAAGUGAAGCCAGGAUGAACAAUGCUCAUUGACUUUGGGGAGUGAUGUGACUGUACUCUUGGGUGGGGAGGGGUGGGGUGGUGAGUUGACCUGUUUUGAGGCUGACUUGUUUUGGAGUAACAUGGCAGGUUUUGUUGGUGUUUUACACUUAUCAUUACUGAAUUUAUAUGGUGCCAUACUGGAGAGUGUGUCCUUGUUCCUACAAAGAAGACAACUGGUACUCGAGCAUUUUACAUGGUUUUCCUGCUGCUAUUAAAGGUUCCCAUUCUUAUAUUGAUUUUUAGAUAUUGGUGAGGGAAGUGCUCCUGCAAAAACAACAGUGCCACCACCUACUUUACAGCUACAAGGUACAUUCCUACAGGUUCUUAGCAAUUAUUUUUAGGGUUCUAUUAGUGACACCUUGUAAGAAUUGAUGCAGAGUGAAUUUGACCAUGCAAUACCUCUGUCAGUGUAGAUUCUCUUAAACCAUCAGCCUAAGUAAUGUAAAAGUGUCUCAGAGCCAUUAAUUGUACUAGAAACUAUCAUGGCACUGUGUAUUUGUAUUUUUUUAUUGGCUUCAAAUUUAAGAUUAAAAUUGUCAAUCUAAUUUUUUUUUUGCUCUCAGACUUUCUCAUUUCCUCAAAUGUUGUUAUCCACAUUCUAUGCACUGAGGAAAUCAUUUCUUUAUUUAGUAAGAAGCACAUGUAGCUUUUUUGUGUAGUAUGCCCAAAUGACAUACACUCAAUAUGCCUUACAGUGAGAGUUUUUCCUCAAAAUUAGGUGAAAUAGUCCAGAUACAUUCAUUUUGAUAUGGAUGUCUUGAGAAUUUUAGUAACCUCUGUUACCCAAUAUACUGAACAAGUCCAACUGAUUUAAAUCAAGAUACUAAGGUAUUGCUUCCUCAGAAAAUUGAUUAACCCAGAUUUACUGUAGAGUGCUCAUUGUGGAAAUUUGAAUCUUACUAUCAUCAUGACUUUCAUAAUGGCUGCGGCGCACGAGACUGUUAAUUACUUAAACAUGAAACCGAGGUCAGAAAGGCCACACUUGAGGACAGCACUGUAAACAAAAGGUCAAUUAAAGUUGAAUAGGUGAUCUGCUUUGACUCGAUUCAGUCAAAUUAUUUACAAGAAGAGGAAAUGGCGGCUCAUUGUUCUGUUCCAGAAUGUACAAAGAAAUGCUACCGGAAAGAUGAUGGGACAAAAGUGUCUUAUUUUUAAUUUCCAACCUGUUAUUGUGCAAAAGUGAAACAAAGACUUUGGAAAUUUUGACACUAGCUAAUGUACUUUUCUUUUGUCCCUUUAAUUUAUUCUGUCAACACCUUUUUCAUGGGAAAAAUAUAUUAAUGAUAUAUACACCUGUUUUCAAUAACAUUGCAAUUUGAAAAUAUUUAAAUCAAAUAUAUAUGUUGUUUUCUUAUCCAAAAGGUGAUGAGCGAUGCAUGUAUAUUUCGCAUUAAAGAAAAAAUAUAUUUUUUGUUUUGUUUGCCAGUCAUUGUGCAUACUAACAUUGUCUUACACCAGCCUUUGUGUGGUACUGUUGACAUCAAUGACCACAACUUCUUCAAUAGUGAAUUGUUUAACGUACCUUUGUUUCAGGGGUCAUUCAUCAUCCAAACUACUAUUUCAUGAGCCAUGUCAAAAGAAAAUCUGUAGGUUGUAAACUCAAAGCUGCAACCUUGUAGCUACAUUAAAAAAAUAUUUUAACUGUGGCUUAUUAUACAAUUUCCAUGCUGGCAUGAAUGUCACAAAACAAGAGCAAAGUUAAACAGUUUAGCAGUCCUUCAUGAUUUUGUCAAGGCUACAUGAAAUCACAAAAUAAACAUAUUUUGUGGAAUGUGAACAACAAUAGCAGAGUAUGCUUCUGUUUAUGCUCAAAAUACCUAGUACUUUAUGCAUAAGAAGCCAGUAAGCCAAAUCAUGAAAAUUUUCCGAAAAAACAUUAUACCUACAUGUUUUAACUGUUAGUUAUAUUCAGCACUUUCUUUGGUGUCAAAUGACAGCUUUACUGUAGCUGUUGAAGUCAAACCGAACUGAAAAAGUAGGUCCUACAGUAUGAAUACCAUCUCACCAAGAAAUGGCCAGAACUAUGGUGCAAUUUGCCCAUUUCUGAUGUACAAUGGUACAACUUACAGUAAAACUGUUCAGUGUGCAUCUCUGGAAGGGUUUACUACCGCAUGCUGCUUUUCUCAAAUUGUUGUUGUGCUAUUAUUAUUACUGAAAUAUGCAAAAAAGCCUUUGUGAAAUUUCUAAGUUACUGCAUUGUUUUCUAAGUUAUUUCGAACAAGAAAUGAUUAAAGACCGUUGGUUCACUCUUCAGUGAGCAAAAAAAUGACACCAAAGGAGUGUGUUCAAUCCAUAAAUAUGCUGUCAAGUGCUAUUGGAAGCACUCAGAGAUAUUUUGUUUAACUCAUCUUUGUAAGGUGAAUGACUUUCACUCUUGAAAGACUUAUUUGGUUCAUCAUUUUCUACUAUAUUGUAAAACAACCUUGACAUUUCAAGGUCACAUGCUUCUUUUCUUGAUGGAAUUUAACAAACUGUUUCAGAUUAUCUGAUACUUUGGCUAUGUAAACUGCUGCUGAACCAUAGCUACAGGUAUCAAUAUGCACUUAAUUAUUGGCCCCAAGAGAAACAAAACUCACUGUUUCCCAUGGUGCCAAUCUCUAUGUGUUUUUUACACCUUCCAACUCAAAAAGAUAAAACAAUUUAUGUAAGUAUGAAGUCACCGUAACACUUAGUUGCAAAAUUUUUACAAAUCCCUAUUGUUUAAAACAAAAUCCAAGUAUCAUAUGUUUAAACUUCUGGUGAAUACACCUUUUUGAGUUGGUGAUUUUUGCUCGCAUAAGGGUCUGAUAGAGAGUUUUUAUGCAUGGCACAUGAUACGUUUUCCUCCAAUCAGCGACCUAUUUGAAAUCUGAAUUUGUUUUUAAGUUAAGAGUAUAUGACUAUGCUAAAUUAGGUGUAUUUUAUUGUAAUGCAUUGUACAUGUUGACGCAGUGGUUGAGUUAUUUUUUCAACAGUGGUAUAUUUUUAGAUAAAGAUGUUUUUAAAAUUAUGUUGUAGGCAACAUACCAGGACAGUGCUUAUUACCUCACAGUGAAGGUCCAUGCAGGGCUGCAUUUCAGCGUUGGUAUUACAAUAAGGAAAGGAGAAAGUGCAUCACAUUUUUGUAUGGUGGAUGUGAGGGAAAUGCCAACAACUUUUACACUAAAUCUGCCUGCAAGGUUUUUUGUAUGCAACAAAACAGAAGUAAGUUUUUUGUCUUUGAGAUGCCUUCACCAAGAACAGGUGUUGUUCUUGUUUUUACUUAAUUCUGAAAAGGCUAUGUCCAUCUUUAGGCUUAUACUAUUUUCAUAAAUGAAUUGAAACGAAUCAAAACCAGGUGAGAUAUAAAAAAACUAAAGAAAUAAUGCAGAUGUAUUUUGUGAAAAGGUAAAGAUAUCUUUCUCAAGAAUUUUGGAGUAAUUGUUAAUUAGCAAGAAGGGUUUUUAUUCAUUUUACAAAAUAGUAAUUUUAAGAAGAGUUACUAUUUUGGGAAAUGUAUUUUAAUUCAUGUGAGAAAUAAGAGGAGGCAGAAUUCUUUGGUGUAAUACUAAUUUGAAACAUUUAAAUGUUUUUUUUGUGACAUGAAAGGGGUCACGUCACUGCAAAAUAGUAACUCUUCUGAAAGUACUACUUUGUGAAAUGAAUAAAAAUCCUCAUCAAUUGACGAUUAGUCAAAAAUCAUUGUGAAAGUUAUCUUUACCUUAUUAGAAAGUAUAUCUGUAUUUAUUCCUUUCCCUUCGUUCUAUCUCGAGUGGUUUCAUUUAAAUAAUAGAAUAGAAUAGAAUAAGCAUAGAAUAAUAGAAUAACAAUAAAUACAAUCAUAUCCAAGGACAAAUACACAAGCAUAUCUCUGCACAAAAUAGAGGCUACUUUGUUUAUUAUUGUACAAAUAUUUUGCAACCCAUGUAAAAAAUGUUUAUGAGCAGCUUACUGAUUGCUGGGAUGUUUUCUUUGGAGUAUUUUCUGGUGCAACUUUAUCAACAAAAAAUAUUUCCAUUCUCUACCAACCACGAAAUGUUCCCUUAUUUUGAGUGAAGAAUUAUUAAAGUAGACAGUAAGUUUUUAAGAUUGGGGAAUAUCACUUGAGUGAUAUCCUUGUUUUCCCCCCAGUUUAGCUGGGGAAUAUUCAGUUCUGUGGUGCAUUUACACCAAUAUCGAGGGAGCAAAAAAAAAUGAUGGAUCAUAAUUGCUUUUAGAUUGCAAGGAAGAGGGAAGAUCAAGUUACUCAUAUAAUUUGUAGAAGAAAAUGCUGCAUAAACCAAUGAAUCAGUCAUAGGAGGUCUCAAACAGUUUGUGCAAUUUUUCACUUAUGCCCGAGAUUUAAACAGGUGUAUGCCAUGUGGUGAUUGCAGUUUUCAAUAUUUCAAUAAAUUUUUCUGAAAACAUUGCAAUAUGGCAAAACUGGUUAGAUCUACAAUAGAAUCCUAUUGGCUUUGGUAAAGAGGUCUUCAUGUUAAGAUUACUUUUAAGAGGUUAAGUGCCAUUGGCUUUUAUGUGAUGAAAGGUGGAAAACUAUUACUGCAUGCCUUGCUCAAACCUGUGGUGUUACAUCAUAAAUGAAUGGCUAACUGACAGAUACUGCCUUCUUUUUUGAUCAUUUUAGUUAUAUUCCAUUUCAUUGGAUUUAUUGUUCACUAGAUGCAUCUAUUCUUCAUAGGCUCUGCACGAGAAAUCAACCAGAAGCCUUCUCAAAAAGUUGAUAAUCAUCAUACAACAGGUUGGCACUAGCUUUUUUCUUAUGAGUUCGUUUUGCAACAUAUUGUGGCUAAUUACUGUAUUUUGAAGGAAAGAUUGAUUUGCAUCUCUGACUUUAAUUGGCCUUAUAUCACUAUAUGAUUGUUUUCCAAAGCGUAAGGGGCAGCUUUUACAACUUUUACGUUUGUGGAAAAUUAGGAGAAGUUGAUUGGUUGAAAUAAUAAUCUUACUAGUGAAGAGAUGUUUCAUAAACAUAAUUUAACAUAAUUUGAGACCAUUUGUGAAGGAUAGAGUUUAUUGUAUAAACAUUAAUGAAAAACAAUGUUUUUACAUUAAGGGUUACAUUUUGUGUUCACACAUGAAGGUAUGUGAGACAUUGUGUCAUGAACUAAGAUUAGGAAGGUGGUACACAUGGACUGCAGGCACACAUGUGGUGAUAAACAGGCUGAUACCAGACAGGCAGGUUUGGUUGCAGUGACUGUAGACAAAAGUCAGGCUAAGGUUUGAUGUCACAGUGUGUCUAUUCUUCCUCCUGUCUUUUAUCAUAGAAGAAGGUCCUGCAGGAGUCUUUGAAGGAAGAGGCUGCACAGUUAAUGGUGUAACAUCUGGUAUAGCAGACUACAGCUAAGGUGGACCAUUGGAAAAGGUCUAUUUCACAGGUGCCAAGAGGUUUCUUUAAACAGUAACUUUUCCUUGCAACAUUUCUUCAGUGCCAUUCUCCAUCCUGGAGACGCACUUUGCCUUCUGUAACUGUGACUUCAGCAGUAAAGCCUAAACUCUUGUUACGUCCCCAUGUUGCAUGAAUUCAGUGUUGGUGAUGAAGUCACUCCAUUGAACAUUAAGGAUGGAAGUGAGACAGCACUGGUGGAAGCACUUGAGGAGUCAUGGAUGGUGAUGGUGGUAACCCACAACUCCAAGCUGUACAGAUGGGCAGUGAGGACAACAGCACUGUACACUUUGAUCUUGGUGCUCUUUUUCAGGAAUUUUUUUGUUCCACACACAUUUGAACAGUCUGCCAAAGGCACAGUUCACCUGUGCCAGUCUGCAGUCAAUUUCCUGUCAAUGUUGGUACCAGGUGCAAUGGCACACCCAGGUAAGUCAAAAGUCUUCUUACCAGUGAUGUAAGGAAGGCACUACUCUUCCUGUGGCAAUGAGAAUGGGCAACAAGAGCUGCAUUGUCAGCAAAGAGGAGAUAACAGAUCGAUUACUCAAGGGUCUUUGUGUGGACCUAUGUUGAACAAGUAGCCAUGAGAUGGUCUCUGGUGUCAGCUCCAUCCUCGUCAUACAGAGAUACAGUAGCCUGCUUGAGUAUCAUGUUAAAGAAGAUUGUUAGCAGAUUCAGAGUCAGGACACAACCCUGCUUCAUUCUAUGGAUAACUGAGGAGAGCUUGGAGAGGUUACUGUGGAGUCUGACUUGGCCUCUUUGAUCUUUGUGCAAGUGCAUGACCAUGUGGUGUAACUGAGAACAAACACCAUAUGUGCUUCUAUUGGCUCAGACACCAUAUUGGCCAUAUGGGAGGUGGUUUUAAGUGAUAGCAGGAAGCUGUCUGUUCAGAAGUAUCCUUGCACAGAUUUUACUUGAAAUAGAGAGCAGCUCUUGCUUUCAACAACAGACAAAUAGCUGGUGAAGUUUUGUAACUAACGCUGAACCCUUUGUUUCCAGUUUUUCCUUGUUACUCUUCUGCUGCAGUAUAGCUUUGAUGGUCUCUUCAAUGGAAGGAAGUUCAUCCAAUUCAGUUAUUACUGGUCGUUGAGGGAUAUUGAGAGCUGUAGACUUGUGGAAAUGUCCUGCCCAUUUUUACAACUUAAAGGACUCUGAGCUUGGAUUGAGGGGCCAUAAACCACCUUCAGGACUUUGUAGAUACCUCUGAUAUUUCUGGUGUCUCUACAAAUCUGAGUUUUCUUUUAUAAGGCAUGAUACCACAUCCUCUCGAUGUCACUUAGUUUGUGCUGGAGGUUGCUGCAUACAAGACAGAAGGUGGCUUUCUUCACAGGGUGACAUCUGUGCUAAGUGAGCCUGGUGAACAGAUCUCUUUAUUGCUAGCAGUUCUUGAAUUUUCUCAUUGGUUUCAUCUUUUGUUCUUCUCUGUUGAGAACCCAAAGACUUUUUUAGAAGUCUGCAGAACUGUAAUGUUAUUAAACCCAAAGUGUUUCAGCAGAUGAAUCAGUGACCUCAACUGUAGGCCUGGCUGGAAGUCAGCUUCCCCUUAAGGUGACUUAAAGCUGCCAACUUUGAACUUUCUCUUUGGGACCCCUCUUGUUUAGGUCUAGGUUUGAGGUGAAGCUUCAGUUUGCAGUGAUCAAGUCCACAGAAGGUAUGAGGUUCUUCACUGGGCAUCACUCUGGUGUAAAGGACAUUUCUCAAGUCACACUGUUGCAGUAGGAUGUAAUCUAUGGGGUUCCAAUGUUUGGAGUGAGGAUGCAUCAGAAUAUUUUCAGGUUUUUUUGUUGAAAGAUGGAGGCAGUAAUAAUGAGUUGUUGUUCCACAACAGCAACCACCCAUUGUCAUUGUGUGUUUACCAAAUACUUCUUUCCACAUUUCUAAAUCUGGGCAUUGAAGUCACCAAAGAUUAUGAUUUUGUCAUUUGCAGUGAAAUAAGACUGCACAGAUUGCAGUUGAAUGCUACCUGGUCUUUCAGUGGAAUGCACAUGAAAAUGAUAUGGUCAGAGUGACCUAUUGGCAUGAUUUCAAGCUUGAAGCAAUGGACGUUCUGACCAUAAAGCCCACCCCUUGUGUCUCUCUUUCACUGAUUUGCAAGACCAAUGUAAGGUGUAUUCAGCCCUGAGCUCUUGGAGCUGCUUAUCCCUGGAAGCUGACUUGGCUGAGAGUAUUAAUGCUGUCGGCUGCAUCGAGCAUGAUGUUCCAGCACACAAGUUUCAGACCUUUUGCACAACAACAGGUGGGUGCAUACCUCUCCCUUUCCAACAAUGAUUGACUGCUUCAGAAGAUAUCUGUUGACUGUGGCAAACCAACCAGGUUUUGGACAUAUCCUUGGAACCUGUGCGAUGGAUUUUUUGAGUGAAGAGUGGUGUGCACUGAACAGACCCCAUCCUUUUCAUCUGCCAUGGCCUUAGCAAGCUGUGUAUUGACUUAAGACUAAGCAGCAUAAUAGUUUUUUUGUUUGGAUAUAGAGCAACAAGUUAACCAGGCAUUGGAGAUCUCAUCUUGAUCAUUGACGGUGAUUUCCAUACAUAACUGUUGUGAAUUUAUCUGUUCUCAUACUACAAGUGCAACCUGCAAAUGUUGAUAACCAGUUUAGGCUUAUUAUAACCUAUAACCAAGUCUAUUUAACAUACGUUUUAAUAGUGUAUUAAUUUGUUGUGGUGUGUAUGUUAUCACUACUCCUUAUUCCUCGAGAUGGGUCUCUUGGUAUCAACAAUACUUCUUUAAAACUUAUCAUCACCAUGGGUAAUAGGAAACAUUACCUUAAUUAUCCUCAAAGGAGCCCAGAAACUGUCUUCCCUAAUUCCAGUAUGACUUCUGUAGUGUACCAAUAAGAUUUCUGCAGCUAGUGUUGAUGUGUACAAAGUAAUUCAGAUAUUGAGGAUGGUAUCUCUAUUUCCCACUGGCACAGAUGGGUAUACAUGGCAAUAGUUGAUGGUUUAGUAAAAAUUUGCUUUUCCAUUUAUGCAGAACGACCUAUUCAAAUGUGGAAGGAAGUCUGUUACUUGCCUCAAGUUGCAGGGCCGUGUCGUGCUUCCUUUCCCCGCUGGUAUUUUAACUCAAAUAGCAAGAAAUGCUUGAAAUUCACAUAUGGUGGCUGUAAAGGCAACAUGAACAAUUUUUACAGGAAGGUAGACUGCAAGAAAUACUGCAUGAGGAAAAGAGAGAAAACCCGUGCUAGGGUUGCAAUUUGGUAUGGAGCACUUAAAAGACGUUCUACAAACCCCAGGAAGUUAAAUCUUGGCUAGUUGUUGAUGCAUGUAAAGUGGAUGUUCCCUCAGUCAUAGGAGAUGUGAAGAACACAUUGUGUUGAAAGGCUGAAGCAGAUCAUAUCAACCUCAUGCCCUUGAAGACCUCUUGAUACCUUGUAUAUGAAAUGGCAUCUGCUAUUAACUUGCUACUUCCUAGCAAGAAAGGAUUUUCAGACUGUUGUAACUUAUAGAAACUAUUUGGACCCACUUAGAAUAUAUUUGGAGUUAAUAUAUAAAGACAUUGAUUUUGGAUUUAAGUAACUAGCACGAUGAUGCUAAUUGACACUUAUUCAAGUCUGCUUUAUAUAAAAAAAAUACAUAUGCCUGGUACACUGUGCUGAUUAAAAGACAUUUAUCACAGAAAGGUCCCAAGCUAUACUCUGGGGCCAACUGCAAGAUUUCUUUAUUGUAAAUACAUCUGAGUCAGCAGAUGAGUCUGCUGUAGUAGUUUGGAAAUAACAGUUUGAAAUAUGUACUUUGGUAAAUCUUAGGCAGGAUGCAUGCUAUGCAUGAAUAAUAAAUACUAUAUGCUUUAAUGUCAUCAUUGGCCAACUUACUGACCAAAGUGUGUUAUGGUUUUACUUUACUGCUGAGCUUAACUAUGACACCAACAUGUUUGCAUUUGUUAAUGAAAAGGAAAUUCUUAAUUCCUUCCAAACUGCUUUUCCACUCAUAUUACACCCACAGAUUUACUUAAAGUGAACAGAGUGGAAGUGUAACAAGACACAAUAGACUCUUAAAUUCCUGUAGAGGAGAGGAACAAAUGUCAUACUAACAUGUAGAAAAGCAUAUGAUUGGUACUCAAAUCAUAGAAUGUAUGCCCAUCGUUACGAUAUAGGGUUAAAUGCUGGUAGCAAGUCAAUUUUACAGUAUCCCCACCAUUUCUAUGGCAGACAAUUUUGCACAAUUUAUCUCUCUUUAUGAAUCAUAAUUGAUGAAUGGUAAAAAUCCCAAAGAUUGCAAAUCAGCUAGAAUACUUGGCUUUUUUAGACAAAGAGAAACUCUUACAUCAAUUGCAAAGAGGUGUGCUCUUCUGAGAUCCUGAACGAUGAAUGAGAUUAUAUCUUGUACUGUAUUCGACAAUUAUGUUACUAGAAUAUGUAACUUUUCACCAUUGUGAAAUAUCAGCCUUAUUACAAUUUCAUAGGAGAUUUUAUUAUUCCCAUGUAGAGACUGGUGCAACAUUUUAUCAAGGUAAUCUUUGUCAACCAGUAUAUACAAUAUCCUUGUUCCUAUUAAACUGUUAUCUAAUUAGGUUAAGUGUGCUAAUGAAAGAGCAUGUAUCAGAUAACACUAUUUUCAAUUAUUUUGUAAAAUAAAUGCAAUUUUAUUACAGUUUGCUCAAACUGUAACUAUCACAAACUUACAAGCUGCUUUAGUUGUCAGGGAUUCAAACAUUUCUGAAGAAACUAAGAGUAUUUUUUUCUUGCCCCAACAGUUUCUUCACUGUCUUCAACUUCAGUUUAUAGCUUGCCAUCCUCUACCUCUGCCCCAGUUGUCACAGGUGAGAACAAAAACCUCCUGCACUACCUUUUUCUUGAAAUAGCUCUUUCACCUUACAGAAAAUACAGCUUAUAAGUUUGUGACAGUCAAGCUAAUGAGUUUUCAUGCAAGGUUGAUACUGAAAAAGGUACCAGAUAGACUGUGGUAUUAAACUUUUGCUAGUGUCAAAAUACAAGUACCAGUAGCUUAAAGUAAGCACUACAACAAUACUUAAAGAAAAUACUCAAAUAAAUAUAUGUCAAAAUAGAUAUUCAGCAAUUAUUGUUGUUUCCAUGCAAGGUUCUACAUAUAUGUUAUAAAUGAAUAAUCCUUUUGUGACCCUUAGCUUUUCUUUGGAUACAAGUCUGCAAGCAUUACUGUGAAGAAUGAAUGCAAAGACAUGAUAAUCUCAUCCCUUUUUAAGUUAGAAAUAUUUGGUAAGCCCUAUUGUACAUGGCAUUAGGAAUGAUCAGAGAUUUAAAAUCAUCACUACCAGAAUAUUGAUAUUUCCUAUUUAAGUAUUGACAUUUGUGGGAUGGAUGUUGUAAGUUGAAAUGAGUUACUAUUGUAUUCUUAAGACACUUGUUGGAAAAGAGAUGCCUACCAAAGAGCUUUUCUAAUAUGUAAUUAGCUGAACCCUGAAAUAACAAAUUCAAAACCUGGUGAUAUGACAGGAAGACAAUCACAUAAACAACUGUAGAAUUGUUUCAAGUAUGAACAAAGACAAAAUUGUUAGUGUAAAUGAUCUUCAGUGAAGACUUAAUCACUUGUUGUGAUACUACUUUUUCUACAUGAAAGAAAGGGUUGUGUAUUUCAUUCUUGUAGAACACCCAGAUACUAAAAAAUUUGCUUAUUUUGCUGCUGAGUACACCAAUCUCAAGCACUAGUGCAAUGAUGACUAAAUGGUAAAUUAUAAGUUUGACAUUUGACUUGGUUUGAGGUGGUUUUGAGCAGGCAACAUGUUUUCAGAUUAUCUCUACAAUGUGGUUCAAAGUGAUUAUAUUAUCAAUCUUCAAAUAAAAUGUUAAUUUUUCUGUGAAGGUCUUUGCUUUGAAGUUCUUGGGUUUUUGGAGAUUUCUGUUGUUGAGACAACCACUGAUAACCUGCUUUCAAGUUUUAGUCUUCCCUUUGAUGCAAUUCGCCAACAACGAGAUUUCUACUUAGAAACUUUGUAUUUGCAACAGACAAGGCUUCUGUUUUUCUCUCUUUACUUUACAUUUAUCGUGGUUGUAUCUUGAUUCAGAUUGAAAGACGUGAGAUCUGGAUCAGCAUUGUAGCAUUUACCUACGAUUGAACCAAAAUGAAUUUACGAUAAUUUUAUUAAAACGUGAGUAAAUUGGAACAUGGUAAACCUGAGUGAUUCAGGAUGACUGUGUAACAGAAGACCUGUUCUUAUCUAUUAUGAUUUCAUGAACAUUUAGUGAUUACUAAUGAAAAUAACACGGUUUAAUAAGGGUACUGAAAUGCAAACCAAGUCACAUAAUUGAGAAGUAAUGUAAGACAAAAAAAAUUUUCCUAAAGACAAGAUCCAUUUACUGUACUGUUAAACAAAGAUUCCAAGCAGUUAAGUUAAUAUCACUGACAAAGUGGUAAUGGUGAUGAUAACGAUGAUAAAUAUAUAUGUUACAAUAAUGAUAACCAUAAUGAUUAUAACGUAACAAAAAAGCUAACCUGUUAAGCAAUGUAAAAUGAAGGUAAGCUAAGAGGGUGUUAUGAAAACUCAAACCCCCAAGUGCAAACUUAUCUGCUCAGUUUCAAAAUGUAGGGCACUCGGCGAUUUAAAUCGUGAAUUAUAGCACUGUCAAUAUUUGCAUCUUAACUGCAUAUUUGUUCGAUUACUUCUUAAUACACAAUUUCUUAGCAACAAAAAAGACAUUUAUAAUUAAGCCAAAUGUCACUUUAAAGAUGCAACCAAGGACUGAAAUAUAAUUUGUGACUUUGAUCUCUGCGCUCAGUAAAUUUUAAUAAAUCAGAGUAAGGAGUCUGAGUUUUGCUUGAAGGCUGAGUUUUUGGGGGUCUGAAUUUUCAAGACACCAAGUGGUCAGAGUUUUUUGGGGGUCUGAGUCUUCAAGACACCAAAGGGUCCGGGUUUUGGUGACACUUACAAGUGUGAUUUUUGGGGGUCUGAGUUUUCUUGUCACCCUAAGCUAAUUAGAAGUAGAAAAAUCUUGGAAUGCAUUGCAUGGGCUUCUUUAAAGGUAACAAGUCAAUUAAGAGUGGGCUAAUUUUUUAAUUCAAAAUAAUUAAUUGCCUAAGCAACUGAAAUUGCCAUGUAUCUGCAGCAGAAACGUUAUGGUAUCUCAAGUUUUAAGUUAUUCCCUUGUAAUGCUGAUCACACCAAAAUCCAUUUUUUAUGAAGUGCUCCUGUAGUCAUUCAUUAGCUACCUUUGUAGCAUUAUUGCCAAGGACUUCAAAAAGUCUGAAAAGCUAAACCAAAAUAAAAACAAAAAAUUUAAUAUGGUUCAGAUCUGAUGUGUGGGUUGCGACUCAACCAAAGGGUCUUUAAUUAUUCAAGGAUUUCCCUUGAUAGGGAAGAAAGAUGGAGUUGUCAAGUAUAGUUGUUAUCAUAAGGUUUUUUUGCCAAAUUUUUAAGGAAAUGCUCUUGUUAUGUUCAACAUUUUGCAUGUUAACAAAAGGGGGAAAUAUUUUUAAAAAUAUAAUCAACUGGUAAUUUUAAAUUUUUCUUGGUUUUUUUUUCUGAGACCUAGCUGUAUUCAAUUGCAAAUGUAAUUUUUUUAAAAUCCAACAGUUCCUUUCUUUGGAGAAAGAAUAAAUUUGAUCAAUGUAAUUCCGCAUUUGAGUCAACUCUUAGACUUGAACAUUUAUGUUGACACAGGUAUUUGAGUAUGUUUCAUGAAAAGUUAUACCAUUGAACUGGGCUUGAUUAAAAUACUUUUAACAUCAACAGAAGUAAAUUCAAAGCAAAAGGAGAGGCAUACAACACUUCCAACAAAAAGGCCUCAAGUUGGUAAAGGUAUACCAAUCUAGUACUUGUUAAACUGCCACGCGAAACUUUCUCACAAUAGUUUGUUUUCUUGUUAAAUACAAUAUCCAGCCAGGAUAUGUAAAAAAUAUGGUACCGUGAAUGGCAAAUGCAUCUAAAUGUCAUUUUAACAUAAUUAAUAGCUUAUAGUAAUUGCUGUUGGCCAUCGACCAACUGUAAAUUCACUUCAACCUUCUUUACACUAGCUGCAAUACAGACUAAUAUUCAAUUUUCCAACUGUCUACCCUUGAAUAUUUACAAAGGAAAUGAAUGUUAGGAAGGGAGAUAGAGAGGCUUAACGAUCGAUGAGCUCUGUGCACUCUGAAUGAAAAAGUCCAGGUAUCAGCUUUAUGGGUGGAUCACUUGUGUGCCCACUCUACCCUUGGUACCCGGCUCUUCAAUGCAAACUGAUGACAGCAAACUGUGAGUAAGAACUGACAAAAUGCUGGCGGGUAACCUGUGAUGGAAUAGCAUCCUGUCCAGGAAUGGGCAUAAGAGGAAACUAUAUGAUUCAGAAACUAGGGCAGGCUGAUAGUUUUCCUUGGUAACAGGUUUACUGACUUGCUUUCAUUUCUGCGAUCUCAUAAAUGAAUUUAAUCAAUUCCCAGCAUGGAAUGAGAUACAUAUCACUUAUUUAUGUGAAUUCAGGAAGAGUUAGUGAAAUACAUAGCCAAGGUGAUAUCAUUCAAAAUCUCGGGCUGCAAGGAGGGUACUAAUUCCGAGAAACUACAGUAACUGCUUUUUAUUUAAACAAUAUUUUAUUUAGUAAUAGUCGAAAAUGAACCAAAAUCUCAGUGCGGGAAUAACCCAAGUCGACUGUCACACAAAAUUAAUGCCACUAGAGCAAAUAACUUAACUUGCACCUUCUCUUUUUGUUUUUCGUUUUGAUGGUUAGCUAAAUGUCAUGAUUCACCCAGUAACAAGUUGUAUGGUGAGGACGAAACAUGGGAACCAAAUGAUUGUACUGUCUGUGUUUGCCGUAACGGCACGUCAGAAUGCCUUGCAACAGUAUGCCGCCAUCCAGACUGUAAAGACCCUUUUUAUAUCAGAGGACAAUGCUGUCCUGUAUGCCCCUUGACGGACUCUACCACUUCAGGACAUACGGAUGCAGGUAAUGCAAGGAAGACCAAAAAACUCUCGUCGUAUUUUUUUUGAGAGUACAUUCAUAACUGUACCGAUUUUCCUUACGUGGAUUAACUACAACAUCUUACUUAAACUCGUGUAAUGUGUGCAUGUGAGUGAUGUAAGGUAUUCAAUUAUUUGUGCUCACAAGUGAAGUAAUCACUGGACAUUAAGCAGCACCUCUCCCUUAAUGAGGCCACUUUAAAAGCGAGAAGACACCAUUCUUGGAUAUGGGAGAAAAUUGGCUCACUUUAUUGUGACUGAAUUCGUGCGUAUUGGUGCACAUUCUUUUAUUUGAAAUAUCCACACGCCUAAGUACCUAAAGUACAAGUACCUAACACAACUAAUGAAACAUUAACACACAAAUAAUUAACACGUAAACGCGAUACACACUGGAUACGGUAUGACAAGAAGUUUCGCGGUAACUUUUAGUUAUUGGAAAUACGUCAUUUUUUACAGGUAUUGGGUGAGGUACAAGAGAGCAAAAACUUUGCUUACUAAAUAACUAUUUAACAUUUCCGUGAAACUUAAAGAGUUCGUGGUAAACACUUGCAAAUAUCGAACAUUUCAUCGCUAAGUUUAGCUGUACAAUUAUCUACUUGUAGUCUAUGUGAUGUUAAUUACUUGUUACUUAUCUCAUUUGUCUGCUGUUUAGAUCUUAUCAAAGCUUUGGCAAAGAAUAAACUGGAUACUGUCCUAGGUAUGUUUUUGGCGGCAACAGACGUUCCAAUUUUGUCUCCAUAAACCAUGCAGAUAAUUUAUGGUGAACCAAAAACUUGUCAUUAAUCUUUCUGCACCCUCUAUCUUGGCUUAAGCCUACAUUUUAUAGUAAUUCGCCUUGAUUUCUCUUGUUCCCUCUAUUCCUUACUCAUUUAAUGUUUGUUAUGCAGGCUGAAAGUGUUGGAUUUAAAACCCAGUACUCAUACAGGUGUAUUCAUAUUGGGUGGUGCAUUAACUUUCUCUUUUUAAGAUAUGCGCACUAACUUUUGGUAUCUGAGCUAUCUUAUCUAUGAGGCCUGCCCUCAGGUUGGUUCCAAGUUUCUUGUAAAUUUUCUUUCUGCAUGUGUAUUCGUUGUUUGCAUGGUCGGAAUGAAUAGCAUGCUCCAUUGUUGUUGAUAAUUACAGUACCUGGCCAAUUAAUACGAUAGUUGAAAGUUGAACAUCCAGUAUAUGAGAUCCUGGCUUAGCCACUGUCACACUCAGUUGUUGAUCAACUAGAACAUCACAAACAGCUGCAAAAGAAAUUUGUGGAAUUUCGUAUAACGUUCAACCGAUUGUUUUCAUUAUCAAACCAAACGCGCACAAUGUUUGUGGUUUAACUUGGUUUCAUUAGGUAUUUAGGCUUGUCGUGCUUGGAGGGUAAUACUCAGUUGUGCAACGUACCACAACGAAGUAAAAGACGGUACUAGUUUGCGGGUUGCAGAGUUUGACGAUGAGAAAGUGGGAGGUCUCAUCCCUUUCAUAGCAGAUUUAUAAUUCCUUUUAACAUUAUUGUGUGUUGAAAGUGUCCAACAGAUUUAUUGCAAAAUUGAAUUCGUAUCUUUUGAAGUGAGCAUCAAUCAUGGAAAACGGCAAGGGAUGUGUCGUGACAUCCGCUCUGGACAAUAUUACCUUAUGGGUCAGACAUGGCAGUUAGAUCAGUGUACAACAUGCUACUGUGGCAAAAGUGGUAAGGCAGCAUGUGCUGUGCAGAUGUGUGAAAGAGAUCCUCCAUGUAAAGAUCUUCUCCGAGAUAACAGCCAGUGUUGUCCAAAAUGCAAGGAUGACAAUGGUAAAGCUUGCUUUUUAUUUAACACAUUUAAUUACUGGUAUUUGAACUUUUUUAUUAUCCUUUUUUUUUUUCAAUACUUGCUAGUGGUAAUUUUUAAAAUGAGACCUUGCAGUUAUGACCUGAAUGUCGCAUGGUCAAGUCACUUUUUUACUGGUGGUAAAAAUGAAUGCAUCUGUGUUUAUUGCAAGUCAACGGAAGACAUUAGAACCCGAACUUGUGUUGUGUAUCAGUUUGUACUCUUGAAUUCUCAUUUAAAUUCCUUUAAAGCAAUCAAGUUUUAAUUGUACAUUGUUCUAUCUUGUAAGUUGUGAAAUCAACCAGCAAGUGUUAUGACACAGUAACCAAGAAAUACUACCGAGAGGCUGAAAUGUGGCAAAGAGAUGAGUGCACCUCUUGUUACUGUGGAAGUGAUCGCAAACCUGAAUGCACUCAGACAACAUGCCCUCCAGUGUUCUGUAGGGCACCUUUGAAAAUUGAACAAAGGUGUUGCCUAGUCUGUCCAGACACCAUUCAGCAAGGUAAGGGUAACACUUGAAUUGUUGAUAAACAUUUGGCUCUCACGGAGAAACCUAAAGAUCUCCAAGGAAGGAAAAAAUAUUAGUUCUACGGUACAGAUUAUUUUUUUAUUAAGUUCCUUUGCACAUGCUUAAUACAGUAUUACCCGCAUUUAAGAACUUCAGUUUUAUUCCCAGGGGUGCGUUAUAUUAUAUUAGAUUACACGUUCUUCGCUCCUGCUGUGAAGCAUAGAGCCACCGGACUCUACUUUGGGCCGUUGUCUUUGCGUCCCUCAAGGAGAUGUUCUUCUUAGCAAGCUGAUCUUAAGUAUUGCACCUUCAGGACUGCUUUGAACGACCUCUUCUUCUAGACCCCCAGGGCUCCAUUCGAGGACAAUAAGUAUGAUAUUAUAUAUUAAAGUUCACACGGCAACCAGGUGGACAAUCAGACAUAUUUUGAUGCUACUCUGGUUUGCAGAUUUAAUGAAUGUAACCGAAGAAGUUAUUAGGGUCUAUGAAUUGUAACUUCUUCGGUUACAUUCAUUAAAUCUGCAAACCAGAGUAGCAUCAAACUAUGUCUGAAGGAUGAUAUUAUUCUCAGGCUUCCAGAACGUGCGUCCAAUCCACAUCCUUUGUCUUGUAUUAAAUUAAUGCUUUCGCCUAGACGGCUUUGUUGUGCCUGUUUCCAUAGUUCGUCAUUUGAAAUUAUCUUUGGUAAAUGGAUAUUCAGAAUCUUCCGUAAAAAUGUAUUGAUGAAGGUCAGUAACUUUUUGCCAAUAGUAGAGGUUAGCAAUAACAGCGGAAACCGGGCUCUCCAUAGCUGUGCCUUCUUUUUGUUCGUAAAUCGAUCCAUUUCACUGGAAGUAUGUGGAUCUCAAAACGAAAUUCAGAAGGUCGGCGAUCUGAGCAGGUGUUAGCGUCGUGUGGUCUGGGAGGCUGGGGUCGUUCUCCAGUUUCUGCAGCGUGGCUUGUACAACGUCGUCGAUAGGAACGUUGGUAAACAAGGACUUUACGUCGAAAGACACCAUGAUCUAGUCGUCUACGAUCGUCUCACUGCUGAUGUUUGACGCGAAGUGAGCUGAAUUAGUCACCGUGAAAUCCGAGUUACCUGUUAAAGGUGACAAGAUGUUAGCUAGGUAGGCGGACAUGUCAUAUGCGAAGGAGUUAAUGCAUGACAUAAUAGGUCUUAACGGUAUGUCGGCCUUGUGGAUCUUCGGUAAGUUGUAGAUUCUAGGCGGCUUUUUGUGUUUGAGGUCUGAUCUUGUUGUAAACGGCCUCUGAUAGGUGUCCACUUGACACAAUAGGUCUUAACGGUACGUCGGCCAUGUGGAUCUUUGGUAAGCCGUUGAUUUUAAGUGGCUGUUUGUGUCUGAGGUCUGAUCUUGUUGUAAAUGGCCUCUGAUAGAUGUCCACUUUGCUUCAAGGCUAGCGGCUUCUCGGACAACUUCCUGGUAGGACAGUCUGUCGGGUCUUUUUGUAGGAGCUGGUACGAUCCGUUCUCGAUGAGGUUAGACAUCUUAGCGUGGUAGGUGUUGGUAUUCAUGACGACGCUAGCGCGUCCCUUCGUCCGCUGGGAGAACCAUGAUGGAAUCGUCCUCUUUGAAGUCUUUGAGCACGUCUCGCAAUUCCUUCGUGAUGUUAGGCUCUGGUAACUUAGCUGUUGAAGGACCCAGUUAGUUUUGUCAACAUACGGCGUGUCGCUUGGAGAGACCGCCGCCUGUUUCUCGCGCAAAAGUUUUUCAAACUUAUACUUUUGUCUGUCUUUGGUGGUGUUAAAGACUCGUUGUGUGUUGGUCUUGACUUGUUCUGGUAUCCUGUUGGUGUUGUCUGUCGUGAGAGUGGAUGUUAUUCUGUGCACUGUGGAUUCUGCUUCCUUCAUAGCAUCUCCUUUGGCUCUCUACGUUAGUCUGAUCCGUUCCCUUAGAAAUCUCAUGGAUGCAAGUUUAGCGACUCUGCGUGCGCCUUCGGUGGGAACUGGCGGCCGAACUUGUACGUCUAUAGAAAAAGAAACACGAGCUAUCUUUUCUGAAUCCCCCUUGCUCAUCUCUUGUUACUUUGUCAACGGCCAUUGUCGUUCGGUUUAAUGUGACUCGAUUUAGGACUCUGCUGGUUAUUGAGAGUAGUAUUAUUCCCCCCAGCUGCCACACAAGCUGAGGUCGCCUUUCUUUGUCACGUUUACUAGUAGACCUCUCUUCAAGUCGGUUGGAAUCUCUUUGUUCUCUCAAACCAACUUUAAGAAUUCUGUAUACAUUUCGUUAGACAACCACUCCUUCCGUGUUCUUUUCAUACUUUCAAGAGAACCCUUACGUGUAUCAACAAUUAUCCUCUUGGACUCCCAAAAUCUCCAGUUUAUAAACGUCUCAUUUCCGUCGCCGGUUGAACUAACUUUCCAGUCUCGUAGAGUUUUCGCACAUUCCUCUGUCCUAUCCGAGUUCUGAAUUUCCUAGGGAAUGGCUUCACCCACGGGGUUCGCUUCAUUCUCAUUCUCUUCUUUUGGCCGCAAUUCCGGUAAAAUGCUCGAUAUCUUAUUGCGAUAAAGAUCCGGCAUCAGCUUAAGAUCCAGUAACCCAUUGGAUCCACCUGAUAGGGGGGUAUGUGUUGUGUAUUUGGCGUAUUUUAUUUUUUGUAACUUUCGAUAUUGACCUGUCAAAUAAAUUUUAAUUACUUUUUUAAUUUGUUGUAAUUUUUUACUAGGCGUGUUAAGCGAUUAGUAAGUGGAACAUUUUUAUCGAAUUAAGGACCAGCUUAUUGAUUACACUCCUUUCACUUAGUGUGCAGCAAUUUUUUAAGAAACUUUACAGCAAAGUUGCCGUAUGAGUAAUGAGCGCUUGGGUUCCGCAAAUAAUUGGAUCAUUGAUGAAAUACUCGGACAUGAUUGUAUCUAAACAACUAUUUGUGGCUUAAUAUGCUAUUUCAAGUCCAAACUGUCCAAUUUCACCUGUCUUAUUUCAAACACUUGUGAUUGGACAAGCCAAAUGGGACCGUUAGGCAGUGUAUAGAUAUAAAACACUUUCAGUAAUCAACCAUUAAUACUGGACUACCUAGCCAAUGUGUUAAUCAAAGUGAGGAAAAUCUCUUGAGUGAUAAGGUUGAGAGGUCCACAUUGAAAACAAAAGUGAAUCAAUAUUAAGCGUAUGUGCUCUCGCAUUAAAUUUUUCAUUGCUGAGUUCCUUGCAUUUUGUCAUUGACAAAGUCACUCGCCCCAUAUCUCCCCGAAUUGUACUCCACUCAGUCCUCAGUACCAUUACUAAUACAUAUAUUAAUAUGUUCAAUGCCGUCAGCAGUCUGUAAUUAAGUCUUUAUUGAGUAAGGGAGCAGAGAAACUAAAUACAAUAAUUGUAAUCAUAGUUGUCAAAAAUACUUUCUCACAGCUACUAAAUGAAGUUUUUGUUUUAACAGGCUGUGUGUAUGAUGGUCAGAAGUUUUUGCAUGGGGAUUUGAAACUGCUUCGGGAUCAGUGCACAUUGUGGUAAGUUUUGGUUGUAAUAGAAGAAGAGCCGAGUUUCUAUGACUUAUGCCAUCCCAACUGUAACAGGGGCCCACCCUAAAGUGGAACAACUUUUUAAAACAAUUUUAGAAUUAUUGUGUUUGGAGUUUUCAUACGGGAGACUUGGUACGCGGUACUUGGUACGUGAUACUUGGUACGUGAUACUUGGUACGUGAUACUUGGUACGUGAUACGUUUCACAUGACCAAAAUAUACCAUGUCACUGACGGAGAAGGUUACUCAAAAAAUAUUACUUUAACAGAAACUUGAAUUGUGAUUAUAAAGAUGAUAUAGAGAUAAAUUGGCAGUCGAAUGUUAGUUUAAGGGGAAGUUUCCAACUUAAUAAUAUCUUCGUGAAAGUAGACUCUUCCAAAGCUCUCAGCUUGAAAUAUGUAAUCAUUAGUGGCCCAAGGCGAAGUAAAUGCUUCAAAAUGUUAACUGAGCUGAGUGUGAAAGUUAGGUUGUGAUGAUAUAAGAGAUGGAACAAAACAGAAUUGCCAAUCUUAACCUGGUUUAAUUUCUGAUUGUUUCUUUUGUUCAAGAUGGGAUCCGUACUACAUCUCAGCGUACGCUGAGCAAUAAUUUAUUCAGUUUUGCAAAGAGUUAUACCGGGAGAGUGAAGAUGAAUUUACAAAGUAAUGAAAAGAACUAUCAAAUAUCAAUUAAUCGCCAAUUGAGAAACAAACAACUGAAAGAACAAAUAAACACGGUUUGAAUUGGCUUACCUUCACUAAUCAAAUGCUGAGAAGAAUUGAAUAACUUCAGUGUUUUUCCCGCCGGCUAAAAAACUUUCAAAGAAAUAACUUUUAUUUCUGUUUUUCCCGAGAAAUUAAUCCAGUUCGUUGUUCCUCCCAAUUGAGUAAGUUUAGAGGAAGUUCUGCCAGUGUCGAGCGCUAUUGUUGAUGUGUACAAAAAUAUAUCUCAUGGAAAAAAUUGGUACGAUGUAAUAGCCUGACAAUAUAAUACCCUGUAGAUUCUAUUCAUAAUGCUUUAUUGUACUUCGUGCCCUCUGGGAAUUGGAGACUUCCUCCUAGGAACGCACCGAAACCGACUUCCGGCAGCAAGUUCAGUUUGCUCGAAAGCGCAGGAUUUCUAUACAACCCCCUAUGCGGUAAUCAUCACAUCAUAGUAAGAGUUGCUUGUCCAGUUAGAUUGGUGUAAAUUUCCCAACUCUGAGAUCGUCCUUAUUAAAAUAAGCAUACUCCGAAAUGACGGCGUUUUUCUGUAUUUUGUUCUUCUCUAUUAAAAUGAAUAAGAAUGGGUAAGAAAGCUUUGGUUGAUAAAAUUUCGAUCGAAACAUCAUUACUUCCCUAUCGAUUGUGAAAAAGGGUUAGUUAGUUAAAAGGCUCGUCUUAUUCUUUGUAGCAAAUGUGAUAAUGGAGAUUGGCAUUGUGCAAAGGACAGCUGUUUAGGUUCCUAA